UAGUACCUACCUCUCUUUCUUUCUUAUCCAAAACUCUCUCAAUUCGCUCCAAUGGCUCUUCUUCGUCUCCCUCCCAUUUCCCUCCAAUUUCUAGGUCACCAAUCUGAACACAAAACCCCUAAUCCCGGCGUUUCGCUCGCCAAUUUCUCCCUCCCUUGGUCUACUCCUCCUUCAGUAUCUCGUCUCCAUCUAUCAAAACCCAGAAAUCUCACCUCUUGCUUCUCCGCUACUAUCCAAGAGCCAAUCCUCGAGUCUUCUUCUUCUUCUUCUGAAGAGAUUUCGAAAACCAGAUUGAUUGCUCAAAACGUUCCUUGGACCUCUACACCCGAAGACAUAAGGUCCCUGUUCGAGAAAUACGGCAAUGUCGUCGACGUUGAGAUGUCUAUGCACAAGAAGGAAAGGAACCGAGGUUUGGUUUUCAUUGAAAUGGCUUCUCCUGAAGAAGCUGCAUCAGCUCUUCAAGCUCUCGAAUCCUAUGAAUAUGAGGGUCGUCGUUUGAAGGUAGCCUAUGCAAAGGCCAAAAAGAAGAAAACUUAUGCUCCUCGUGAGAAGCCUACGCCGGUGCCUACCUUCAAUUUGUUUGUUGCAAACUUGGCAUUUGAAGCAAGGGCCAAGCAUCUUAAGGAGUUCUUUGAUGCGGACACUGGUAACGUUGUCUCCACUGAAGUUAUAUUCCAUGAAAAUCCUAGGAGGUCUAGUGGUUACGGCUUUGUCUCUUUCAAAACCAAGAAAAUGGCCGAUGCAGCGCUCCUUGAGUUCCAAGGAAAGGAUUUCAUGGGAAGACCAAUCCGAUUAGCUCGUAGCAAACAGUUUGUGAAGUUGCAAGCAAAAGAAGGGUUGCAGCCACCUGAUGAAGUCUGUGUUGCAGGAUUAUUUGGGGUUGGGUAUCGGAAUUGAAGAGAAAACUUUGAGCUUUUGACAAACAAGAGGAGCGGAUACAUUACAACUACCAACCUUGAGUAAGUGGUGCAGAAGUAAGAAGUACAAGAACGAUCUAGUUAGAACAAAACCCAUGUGGCUCUAAGAACUUGUUUUGUUAAGUUAACACAAUGUUCUUAUUUUUCUAUUGGUUUUGAUAGAAAAUCUUGCAUUUGUUACUAUGUUGAAUGUGUACUUAUUUGGUUCCCAAAGAGCCCCAUUUACAUUUUGUCA